AUGUCUACAAGAAGAUCCACCCGGCUUCAGGCCCAUCCCGACCGGUCGCUGAACUACUCGGUCGACCUGUCUGAUAGCGAGUCGAGUGGGGCAAGCGAAAAGGAGAACGAGUACCAGCCAAACAAGCGUGCUGCGCGUAAACCAAACAAGACUUCGCGCGGCCCCAAGAGACGCAAGACCGUGCCAAAUAACAUAGACCAGCUCGAAAAUUUCCAGGAAAACCCCAUUUUUGAGACGCUGAGCCACGCAGAAGUGGCCGUAGCCGAGCUGGCUGCCUCGUGGCUCGACCAGUUCGAGGAGGAUAAGUACGACGCAGUCAAGGAUAUGCUGAACUUUGUUUUGAGAGCGUGCGGGUGCGUGACGCUUGUGGCGAAGCACGACGUGGCGAACGCAGACUCGUCCAAGGAAACGGUAGCAGAGAUUCAGGCGAUGUUUGAAAAACAGGGCUCUCACGAGUAUCCUUUGGGUCUUGCUGGCAACUCCAAGAACGCCAACUGGAGAGAUUUUAAAAAGAGGUGUUUGGAGUUCGUGGACCAGGUUUUGGUGGCAGCGAGCGAACAGGGCAUUUUGUAUGAGGACGACGAGCUAGUGGAGCUGCUGGUCACGUGGCUGGGAGCCCUCACCACCUCGAACGCGCGACCUCUGCGGUAUGCUUCCACGCUUUUGUGUCUGCAGAUGGAAACGACGCUGUGCUCGCUUGUGGCGCAAACCUCGACGGCUGUCAACCGUGCACAACGCCAGCUGACGAACGAACAACGCAACAUCGACAAUUUGCUGAAAAAAGCCCGUUCAGGUGCUAAGUUGGCCGCUGCCAAAGACCGUGCUGCGCAGAUCGAGCAGAAUUGCCAACUAUACAGCGAACACAAGACUUAUCUGGAGACUUUUCUCCAAGACAUAUUCAACACCACCUUUGCUCACAGAUACAGAGACACCGAUGCGCAGAUCCGCCAGGAGUGCGUGAGACACCUGAGCUACUGGAUCGACCUGUACCCAGAGUUUUUCUUUGAGAGCAUAUACAUACGGUAUCUGGGGUGGCUGAUGACCGACCAGGAUGUGGCGGUGCGGCACGAGGUGCUGCGCGUGGUGCUCAGACUGUACCAGACGCAGUCGAUGGUGGCAGCUCUGCGGCAGUUCACCAGCCACUUCAAAGAAAAACUCAUCGAAAUGGCUUUUUACGAGGCAGAUACGCGCGUCCGCAGCAGCUGUGUGCAGGUUCUGACGGAGAUCUCCAGGAUGGGCUUUUUGGAUACAGAGGAAGUUGUCAAGGUAGCCAGUUUGAUUUUUGUCGACGAUGAGGACCUAAUCUGCCAGAAGGGCAAGACCGCGACGCGACUGAUCAAGGACCUGGCCAAGUUCAUCGCCACAGUUGAGGCGCAGUCGCUCGCCGAGUUUAUGGAGUCCAACAGUGCUACUGUUGAAAAGGUGGCAGGCUCCCUUGAGCUCAGCGUCAAAGACUUGCUCAAGUUCCACGGGGUGUCGCAGAUGCUUGUCGAGGCAGAAACGUAUUACAACUCGGACGUGGCCACCAAAGCUGUCAAGAUGCGGUCUUACAACUCACGGACAGCCAAACUCGUUCGUGUUUGUCAGAACCUGUUUGCUCUGCCACGGUACCACGCCGACGGCGCGCUGGAGACCCUGUGUGGCUAUAUUUUGUACGACUUCUCUGCCAACGCAGAAAUCGCCAAAAUCCAGCACAGCGUCGAGUUGUCUCACGCACAGACGUUUUUCGUGCUUGGUCUGAUUUCCGCAGCGGCAACCAUCUAUUGCGAGGCGGACGCGAACGAAUUCCACCAGCAGCUGUUCCCAAAAAAGCACGACGACCAGACCAACGACAGAAUGCUGUAUCUGGGCAAGCUUGUUGCACAGCUGGACUCGCUAUUCGACGUGUGCAAGAAAACGCAUUUGGCGGUGUUUUUGGGUCUGUUCACCCAAUUGGUUAAACAUAGAGUCUGCGAGACACUGGACCAGACAGAAACGGAGACCAAAAUCACGGCACAGCUGCUGAAAACGUUUAGAGAGGACCAGCUGAGCUCUUACACUCCAGAGUCUCCGGAAUACUACAACUCGAUUAAUUUCCAAUUCGCGCAGCUCUUUGAACACAUCAACACCGACAUGGUUGAGGUCUCGCUGAAAGUUGACGAGGUGGCGCAGGAACUCGCCGAGGAGCUGACACUGGCGAUCAAGGACGCCGACCGGUUGCAGGUUGGUAGCACGCUGUGCAAACUGAUGUUGUUGCGUGGCUCAGCCACCAAAUCCCGACUCUUGACUCAACUCAUGCCGCUGAUCGACGACAUCUGCUCUUGCACAGCGUCGCUGCCAUUAUCUGACGAGCUGGAUCAGCUGGUCGCGUCCAACAAGGCAUCAGAGUAUUUCUCGUGUCUGCUUUUCCUAGUGGCGGAAAACCUCGAGACACUGACCAACAAGCUUAAGGUCGAUCCUGACGCUGAGGUGCUCGACGAACUGCACCGCCACCUGUCGCCGUUGGCGCCUGUCAAACGUGCUUUGCUGGAACUGGUUGCGUCACGUGCACAAAACAUCAAUUUCUGGUAUGCCGUCUGCAACCUGUAUCUGGACGUGUUCACCACGCUGAACCUGCUCAAAUACUACGUUGGCCCGCACAGAGACGUCCUCGACCACUUUUUCGACACAGAAAUGUCUGUCGAGCCGCUUUCUAGCAGCCAGGAAUGCUUGCUCCAGCUGUUUUUGAUUUUGGAGGCACAGGUUGCUUCUGAAAAGCAGGUCGAGCUGGACCGCACAGAACACGAAGACGUGAAUUUCGAAACUGCCCAGAUGGACGACUGUGAGCGCAAGCUGUGCACUUUUGUUGCCAAACUGAUGCUGCUCGACAAGACGGUCGGUCUGGAGACGUCCAUUGUCAGCAGAGUGAAGCUCAACAGGGCAGUCCUGGGAAGUCUUUUCAACGAGGUUCUGGAUUACGAGCAAGUGGAAAUGAAGGAGGAGGAGGAGUUGCCAAAGGAGCUGCCUCAGGAGCAACAGGAGCAGCAGGAGCAGCAGGAGCCACUAGAACAAUCCUCCGACCAGUUCUUGCACACCAACACCUCGGUCCCAAACCUGCUGCCCGAGCCGGUGCCCGACCUCGUUUUAUAA